GGCCCUCCGGCCCGGCGGCGGCCGCCCGGCUCCAGGGCGCCCCCAGCGGCGUGUCGUGGGCCCGGCCGCGCUCCCGGGGCCCCCCGCCCCACCUCAACCGGCCCGGCCGGGCCAGGCCCCACCGCCCGGCAGACCAGCCCAAGCCGUCCUGGCUCACCAACCGGCAGCCCGCCAGCCUGCUCCAUCACUUCAACCUGCUCCCCACAGACCCUGACAACACGGAAAAGACCUGCGAGAUUGAGUGCUGGCGGGACCGGGAUGAAAGGGAACACUACUGCAUGAGUGAAUUUGCAGUGAAUGGAAUUGUCCAUGAUGUGGAAAUGCUUGGCAAAGGCAUCCAACUGGUAACUCUGCUGGUGAACAACGAUGGGCUGUAUAAGCUGAGCCGCCUGUACAUCACCCCUGAUGACUUCUUCUUUCGAGUAAACAUUCUAGCUGUGGAUUCAUCCAGCUGCACUAAGCCAUGUCCAGAUUUUAAACUUGGGAGCAGAUAUAUCGUGAUGGGUCAGAUCUACCAUAAGAGGCGCCAACUGCCCACGGCCCUGCUCCAGGUCCUGAGAGGGCGCCUCCGGCCAGGAGAUGGCCUGCUUAAGAGCAGCGGCGGCUACGUAAAGCGGUUCAACCGAAAGAGGGAUGGUAAAGUCCAAAGUGCAGUGCACACCAAGUGCAGAUGAAACUCACUGAGGGCAGUUGUGCGGAUACUACCCUAGAGUGACGCAUUGCGGUUGACCUGUGAGGUAACUGACCUUUUCCAUUCCUAGGUCACCGCAUCAUAUUUACUUUAGUUUUUUUCCCCAAGUAAGUUAAUUUGCAUGAUGUGCUUUCUUCUGUUUUUGUUUUUUUUGAUUUAAGGCUUAGGUUAUUUUUGAGGAAAAUAAUUAACUGAAAAUAUUUUCUUAGGUAGUUGAAUAUACACCUCGGGAGUAUUUAAUUUUAUAAUCUAGCCGAAUCGUUUAAUCUUUUCAAAAUACAUCUUCCACCCACAUAAUUCAAGAUAUCUACAUAACAAUAAUAACAUUAACCAACAAUAGUCAAGUGUGAAGGUACAUCUAGGUUCUACAUUACCUCAGAUUCAGUGCCAGGAGAAAUAUUUAAAUUUUACAUUUCCAAAAAUACCUAAAGGGCUCACAACAAGUGAAAUAUAGCAAAGAUAAAUAUUAUUCCUCUCAGCCUUCCUGGGGUAUCAAAGUGUCAAAUACUGAGUUUAUUUUCAUACUUUCCUGUUUUUUGAAAUUUAUGACUGUGGCAAAUUGGCAUCUUUCCCAAUGUUAAAAAUAUUUUAAAUGUAUCAGGUAUCAUUUUUCUAUUAACACUAAGUAUCAUGUUUAUAUUUGCAAAAUAGUAAAUCUUGUCCUGAAAUCAGAUCUUUGAGACACUUGGUUUUCAGCUUCAUUGCACCCACAGACUUGGGGAAAUCCACCUUUUCCUCACUUAUUCCAAAAUCUUGGAAACAAGAAAUCACAGAUAACGGCUUUCUUCUACAUGUGGAUUUAAGAGCUUCUCACUGUUUGUUUUAAUGAGCCUCACUUAUUGGCUGAAUUUCAUAUGAACACCAAACUUUAGACUAUGGGAGACAUGAUUUUUUACCCCCAGGACCUCAAACAGUGCUCUAAGUUAUUUUAGAACACUGUAAAGAGGGGCACUAACAUGCCAUGAUUGAAGAUUGUUGCCUUAGGGAGGCUAAAACCGCUGCCACUGAAUAAAAGGAGACAGCUCUUUGCUUUGCCAGAGCAAUGGUAGUGUAAAAAGGCUCAGAGUGAAAAGUGUUCAAUGCUUCAAAAAUCCAAUUCCCUAUAAAGCCAUAAAAAGGGAGGCAGAUCUCAGAUCUGGGUUCCAGUCUUAGUUUUGCUACUUGCCUGCUAUGUACCUUUUGCUCAAAUCACUUCAUUUCCCUAUGCCUUAAUUUUCUCACUUGUAAAAUAGAGAUAAAGUACCUGUUUGUUCCUCCUCUCUCUCAGAUCUGAAGCCUCAUAUGGGAACCUUAUCCGAUCUUAAUACUUUGUAUCUUCAACAGUACUUGGCUCACUGAAAGCACUUAUUUUAUUGUCAUCAUUAGUGUUAUUAUUAGAGCGCAUCCAGACUUCUCCAAGGCAUUCUUUGAAAGCUGCGUGGAACACAAAUGGGAUAAUCUCACUAGAGUACUACGUUCCCAGUGAGUUUCACUUUCUAAUGUACUGAAAAGACGGGGAAAGCACUAGAGCUCAUUCCAAAAUUGUCAUGAUAUAUUGUUGCCAAUACCGGGGCUCUCUAGGCUCAAUGGUGACAAGAUAGCUUUUAACAAUUAGUCGACAAUAGGUGAUGCUAUUUCAUCUGUGGGCAAGACAGUCUACGUCUCUUUUAUGCUCCCAGGUGCCUAGCAGAGUGUUCUGUGCUCAGUUGUGAUGGUGAAGGUCAACACUUCAUGACAAUGCACACCUCUAAAAAUGUCAUCCUUACUUUUGUUUGCUUUUUCUAAGUGAACUAUCAGAUUGAUUACUGUGGUCGAGACUAUUUAGAUAGGCUUUGGCCCUGAAAGACCUCCGGUUAAUACAAACACCCCAAACACUGACAGGGCAAGGUUUUCGACUGUCUAAAAUGGGGCCCUUUUUUUUUUUAAAACCAAAGAUUGGACUGUGAGCCUUAUGGACAAAACAAGUUCGUUAGGGCCACAAUAGUGAUGAAUUGUGAUAGCAAUGCCGCUUCUGUGAACAGAGUUCAUUGGCACUCUGAGGUCACAGAAAGCUGCUUCUAAUCAUUGUCUGUUUAUACCAGUGGCCAGGUCUCGUAAAACACUCACUUUGCAGCAGCGCUAACGCCAACCAUCUUUUUCUUGGAAAUUCGCACGGAGUAAUCCACUCCCAUUGCAUUAAAUCUGCACACCCUUUGGAGAAGAGGCUGGUUUCUCAAUUAUUAAAAAAGCUUAUCUAAAAAAAAAUUACACAAAUUACAGUUCCAUAUUUGUGAGAUGGGUGAAAGAUUUGAAGACUUUUGUGCAUUAUAGGGUUUCUGUCGAACUUAAGGAAAAAAGAAUAAUUUAAUGGUGUAAGGAUUCUUUAUAACUGUAGCUCUGAAAACAUAUUUCUAUUAAGUUUUUAUUUACCUAAUUUAAAGACUAUUUUGUUAUACAGGUCAAUGAAUUUCCUCUUAAAAAAACCAGAAGUUUGAUAAAGGAAACUUGUAUAAGGACAGGGAAGAUGAACACCAUAUUCCAUGGCUCACGAUUCAGUUAAGUCAGAAUUUGGGUUGUGAUGUCAGUAUUUUUACAGCAGAUAUCAGUCUUCAGGUUUUGUGGUUUCUUAAAGAAAAUUAGACUAAGUAAGAACUAAAUGCAUCAAAAGAUUAAAGACAACCUGUGAAGACUGAAUAAAAUUGGUCUUACGUUCCAGGAAAUUUAUUUCAAAUUCUAGAGAAUUCCAAAUACCCAACAAGUUUCCAAGUAUGAAGCGUAAGGCUUCUCACACAGUAUCUUUCACCAAAGUAACUUGAAUAAACUUAUAACCU